AUAGGGACACGGAUUUUUCAAAAAUUUAUAUUUAAGUAGAGGUUUUCCUCGAAAAAAAAAACACGGCUAACCCUUUUGUUUGUUUGUUUGUUUGUUUUAUUUACACUUAUCGUUAUUGUUCUCAGGUUUCAUGUACUACAUUUGAUUAUUAGGUCACAACAUCCCCUAUCAUAUCAUAACAUCCCUCACAUCAUUUUCAUCCUUCAAACAUCCACAUUUACCUACCACGUCAUCUCCCAAUCAAAAGUCCAAAUCUCAUUACAAUAAAAACAUGUCCAAGGUUAACGGUCACGACGUCAGUGUUCAAGAAGCAAAUGAUUCAGAUAGCAGUGGUGUCAAUUCCAAUAUUGAAAACAAGGUUAAAGUCGCUUUUGCAGGAUUAGAUAACCGUCUUUACUUUGCAUUAAAAUCAAACACUAAGUUACGAAGAGUUGCUGAAAUCUUUGCGGAGAAUGCUAAGAUCCCUCUUGAUUCAAUUAAGCUGGUUUUGGAUGGUCGAGAGAUUCCUAUAGAUGCUACUCCACAAAGUUGUGGUAUGGUUGAUUCCGAUGUUGUUGAUGUCAGUCAAAGGACUGAUGGUGGUUUUAGUAAUGAUGGGUUUUUUUUGCUUUAGACAAUCUAGAAGUAUUUUCUUUUUCGGCUUGUUUUCCAGAUACCAGAGUUACUUGAGAUAGGAUAUGCUCAUCUAUUGUCACCAUUUGUGGUGGUCAAAUAUAGCUGGUCAGCAUAGGGGGCUUUAAAUGAUUGUAAUCAAUUUCAAGAUAACAAUUCUGGCGUUUAUAACAAGUCGAUAUACUGUACAAUAUGGGCUAGUUUGACCCUGCUGAUUUAAUUUAUUGUUUUUUGAUACAUUGCUUUUUGGAAAUUUUGAAAGUCUUCAUACUCAUACACAUGUACGGGUCAGGAAAUUAUGUAUCUGCUGUAAUAUACCAAUUUUAAGCAAAAAUGGGGUGAAUGUUACACCAUGAUAUUGUCGGACGGAUUCUAAUUUCUGUUCUGGUAAAAUAUUUAGUUUGGCUAUACAACCAAAGGUGCUUGGACGACACACAGUCGAUCAACAACAAAUGUUACUCGAAAUAUCAACAUU